UCCGAAAUGGUAAAAAAAAAAAUAUGUGUGCGAUCCGUCUCGUGUGUCGGGGGUAUCCCGCCAAAAUACCGAAAGCUAUCACCAACCUUAUUAUGAGUAAAUAUAUCAUAUUUAUUCAUUACUAACUUAUUGCUAGGAAGCUUUGUGAAGCUCGUGUAGCUGGUGGUAGCUUUCGGGAACUAGAUGUAGUUCUGGAAGGUUCUCGGGAGGUGUGAGGACAGAGGAAGCUUCGUCAUGAGGGGUGAAGUCAGAGGUAUUAGACACCUGCUCCACCAGUUCUGUUAUACUUCAGCUGACCAUAGCCCCGUGAUGACGCCUAAUAAGUACCCUAUUUUAAGUAAAUUGAGGCAAUUGAGGCCAAGAAUGAAAUUGGUGUUAUUUAUAAUACUGGCAGUUGUAGUAGUAAUGGUAGCCACCAUACUAUUUUAUGUAAAGAUACUGAGCACCAAUGGUAUUGGAAACCCUGCUACGAAUGAAUCACGUGCGUGCAAGGAUGUUGGAUGUAGUGAUGGUUCUGAAUGUUUACUUCAUAAACCUACACAAGCGACUGAAGAUGCCUUUUUGGAAGAUGCCAAACAAGAUCUUGGCAAAAAUGAACCAGAAUAUUUGAACAAAUUAAAUUUUCGUGGUCCUUUGCCCAAAGUGAUGCGAUGUCUGACUCCACUAGAAGGUUGCAAGUACCCUUUCAAGUAUAAUAGGGCAGCAACUUAUGUAAAUACAACAGCAUCAGUUGAUGUAGAAUACUUAGGAAAAAUGUAUAAACUGAAUAUAGGUUAUAUGGAAGAUCAAUGCUGUUAUUGUACUACUGAGAGAGCUGGGGUGGAAGAUAAUAGCAGACCUGCGGGUCAUUUUCCCCAAAUCCAUAGUGUAUAUCUGAGUAAUUUACCUUAAUGCAGAUAAACAUUACUUGCUUAUCCUCGUCGCAGCCCUUGUGGAUUUAUUUGAUGCAUCACGUUAGUGAUGCAUCAAAUAAACUCUGUGUGUAAUGAUGUAAGGGCGAACGGCCUAUUGACAUAACUCAGGUGCAGGGGGGGGGGGGGCAUUGUGUAAAAUCCUGGUUUGUGCCUCGGAGAGGCUACGGGAUCCAGUAAGUUCAGUAGAACUUCGGUUUCAACCCUUUUAACCCUAUCAUAGCUCAGUCGACUACUUGCUUAUAUCAGAAUUUAUAUCUAUACUUGAAAAAAGUUUUUUGGCUGGCACAUCUUUUCCACUUCGUUAUUUAUUUACUGCAGAACCAAUAAAAGCUUUAACUUUUA